GUCGACACUUACGUCGACGUCCAGAUAAUCGAUGUCGACACGUGCGCGCCCGUACCAAACGUCCACUUCGCCUUCUGGCACGCGAACGCGACCGGUGUCUGCUCGGGUAUCUCCGCCAGCGGCCACGGUAACAGUGCAUCCGAGUUCAAGAACCCCAACGCCACCUUCCUGCACGGCAUCCAGGCCACAGAUGAGGACGGCGUCGCCCAGUGGCUCUCGGUCUCCCCGGCCCAUUACACCAGCUGCGCGACGCACGUCCACAUCUCGAGUCGCGCACGAGAACGACACCUCGUUCAAGGACGGAACUUUAGCACCUAUGUCUCCACCUACGUCUUGCACAUCGGCCAGCUCUACUUCUGA